GGCGCCAAUGUUCUGAAGACAAAACUUGUUUCCAUUUAUUUUUUUCUUCCCAUCUUUUUUCCCCCGCCUCUCUCUUGACUUAAUUGUCUCUUCUAGAGGAGCAACAGCCGGUGAGGGUGGAGUGCGGGGCGACUUUUAUUCUGAAAGGCGCGCACAUACACGCGGAAAGAAAGAAAGAAAGAAAGGUGCGCCACACGCACGCUUUCCUCCUCCUCGUCCUCCUCAUCAUCAUCAUCACAUCGGCUGGAUGUAAGAGACGAGCUGCCUCCUCACGCGCACACGCACGGCGCGCACGCGCGAUGUGAAAGAAGAGGACGCGCGCACUUUUGUUUGAAACACCUCACACCUGGUACUCUGGGCCAGUCAGCAGCAGGAUCAGGAUGAGAAGAUGGCUGGCUGUGUGUUUCCAAUGGGACCAGAGAGCUUUCAGCGCUUCACGCCGGACUCCCUGGCGGCCAUCGAGCAGCGCAUCGUCAAGGAGCAGGCCCGACGCAACAAACACUACCAGGAGGACCUUGGUGACGUGGAGGUCCCUCGGCCCCGGGCUGACCUGGAGGCGGGAAAACAGCUGCCUCGAAUCUAUGCCGACAUCCCCUCUCACCUGGUGGGCGUCCCCCUGGAGGACAUCGACCAGUACUACUUCAGAGAUAAACGGACCUUCAUAGUGCUGAACAAAGGCAAGGCCAUCUUUCGCUUCAACGCCACAUCCGCUCUGUACUUCUUCAGCCCCUUCCAUCCUAUACGCGCCGUGGCCGUCAGGAUCCUGGUCCACUCGUUGUUCAGCUUGUUCAUCAUGUGCACCAUCCUGACCAACUGCUGCUUCAUGGCCAUGUCGGAACCCACCCCCUGGGCCAAGUACCUGGAGUACACCUUCACAGGUAUCUACACCUUCGAGUCGCUCAUCAAGAUCUUGGCGAGGGGCUUCUGUGUGGGACCCUUCACCUUCCUGAGGGACCCGUGGAACUGGCUUGACUUCAGCGUCAUCGUCAUGGCAUAUGUGACUGAGUUUGUCGACAUGGGUAGUGUCUCGGCCUUGCGGACGUUCAGGGUUCUGCGAGCGCUCAAAACCAUCUCAGUCAUCCCAGGCCUCAAGACCAUCGUGGGUGCUCUGAUCCAGUCGGUGAAGAAGCUGGCCGACGUGAUGAUCCUCACCGUCUUCUGCCUGAGCGUCUUUGCCCUGAUUGGCCUGCAGCUCUUCAUGGGAAACCUUCGCCAGAAGUGUGUGCGCAGCACGGCGCACUGCGUCAACGAAAGCCUGCCGGCCAACGCGUCCUUCUUCUGCAACAAUAAGACGUGGACUUCCAUGCGCCACUUUCGCAACGACGAGGACAACUUCUACAAGGUCGAAGGAGCCAAGGACGCCUUGAUCUGCGGGCACAGCAGCGAUGCAGGAAAGUGUCCGGAUGGUUUUGAGUGCCUGAAGGCGGGACGGAACCCGAACUAUGGCUACACCAGUUUUGACACCUUUGGCUGGGCCUUUCUGUCGCUCUUCCGCCUGAUGACACAAGACUACUGGGAGAACCUCUACCACCAGACGCUGCGCUCGGCCGGUAAGGCCUACAUGGUGUUCUUUGUGGUGGUCAUCUUCCUGGGCUCCUUCUAUCUCGUCAACCUUAUCCUGGCCGUGGUCGCCAUGGCCUACGAGGAGCAGAACCAGGCCACCAUCGCCGAGGCGUGCCAGAAGGAGCGCGAAUUCCAGUUGGCCGUGGAGCAUCUGAAGAAAGAGCAGCAGGCGGCCAUGCUGAAAGCCCUCGACUCGGACUCCAUCAUGUCGCCAGAAGUGUCACCCUUUGGACCCCCGCUGGACAUCAUGGAGGAGCGGAGGCGGAGUCAGGCCCUGGUGGGAGUGGCGGACGUGGAGGCGAACCUAUCUGAGGAGAAGCUGCUGCAGGUGGACAUGACGGAAGGCGGGAAGCCCCUCCACCCUCUGCUGGCCCGAUCCUUCUCCACCAGAACUCGGAGGAGCAGCCAGGUGUCGUCCAUUUUCAAUUUCCGCCUGAGGAGCCGGGGCUCCGAGGCAGAGAUGGCCGACGACGAGUACAGCGUCCCGGGCGAUGUGACGUUCAGUAGCAUCCUGCCUCACCCGUGGCCAAAACGGCGACCCAGCACCUACAGCACCGCCAGCAGGAGCUCACCGGUAUUUUAUCCCACCCUGAACAUCAACGGGAAGCUUUUUGUUGCCAUAGACCACAACGGGGUCUCGCCACCGCCACUGCAGGGGCAGCUGCCUGCCUGCACCAUGGAGAAGGUCAAGGAGGAGAGUGUUCCCACCUCCACCACGGAGCUCAGCACCGUGCUACUUCCUCGGCCUUCAUCCACGCAGCGAGGGAGGGCGCCGAGCGCCGCCAGCCACCUCACGGACGCCAUGGAGGAGCUGGAGGAGGCCCACCAGAAAUGCCACCCGUGCUGGUACGUCUUCGCCCACCGUUACCUGGUUUGGGAGUGCUCCCCCUUCUGGCUGGAGCUGAAGCGGCUGGUGAAGAUCAUGGUGAUGGACCCCUUCCUGGACCUGGCCAUCACCGUGUGCAUCGUCCUCAACACCCUCUUCAUGGCCAUGGAGCACUACCCCAUGACCGAGGAGUUCAACCGCAUGCUGAGCAUCGGGAACCAGGUGUUCUCAGGCAUCUUCACGGCAGAGAUGCUUCUGAAGAUCAUCGCUCUGGACCCGUACUACUACUUCCAGACGGGCUGGAACAUCUUCGACAGCAUCAUUGUGUGUCUCAGCCUCAUGGAGCUCGGCCUGUCCAGCGUGGAGGGCCUCAGCGUGCUGCGCUCCUUCCGCCUGCUGCGUGUUUUCAAGCUCGCUCGCUCGUGGCCCACCCUCAACACCCUCAUCAAGAUCAUCGGGAACUCCAUGGGCGCUCUGGGCAACCUCACACUGGUCCUCGCCAUCAUCGUCUUUAUCUUCGCCGUGGUCGGCAUGCAACUCUUUGGGAAGAGCUACCAGGACUGCGUGUGCAAGAUCUCCAAAGACUGCCUCCUUCCUCGCUGGCACAUGAAGGACUUUUUCCACUCCUUCCUCAUCGUCUUCAGGGUGCUGUGCGGCGAGUGGAUCGAGACCAUGUGGGACUGCAUGGAGGUCGCAGGCCAGCCGCUGUGCAUCCUCGUCUUCAUGCUGGUCAUGGUCAUCGGAAACCUGGUGCUGUUGAACCUCUUCCUGGCGCUGCUCCUCAGCAGCUUCAGCUCCGACAACCUGUCGGGUCCGGACGACGACGGCGAGAUGAACAACCUGCAUAUCGCCCUCCACCGGAUAACCAGAGGCCUGGGCUGGUGCCGCAGACAGGUGGUGGACUUCUUCAACGGAAACCUAAAGCAGCGCCGGCAAAAGCGAAAGGAGGCCAAAGCCAUGAUGAAGCUCAAACCUCUGAGCAGCAUCCGCCUCGAGGCGAACGGCGCCGUCAUAGGCCGGUACGUCGUGAAGGAGGACGACAGCUACAUGACCAACCCCAACCUGACCAUCAGCGUUCCCAUCGCCCCCGGAGAGUCGGACGUGGAGUUCCCCGACGACGACGAGGAGGAGGAGGACGACGACGAGUUGGGCCAUGAGGACCAGAGUGAGGAGUCGGAAGAGGAGGAGGGAGAGCAGGGGGAGCAGAAAGAAGACGUCAGCCUGUCGGAGGGCAGCACGGUGGACCUGAGGAAGCCCGGAGAGGAGGACGACGAGUACUCGGAAAUGGCCGAAGAGGCGAUGGACCCCGAGAACUGCUUCCCUGACUUGUGUGUCUCCAGGUUCCGGUGCUGCGUCGUGGACACGACGGCGGGGCUGGGGCAGGUGUGGUGGCGGAUGAGGAAGACGUGCUAUCACAUUGUGGAGCACAGCUGGUUUGAGAGCUUCAUCAUCUUCAUGAUCCUCCUCAGCUCGGGCGCGCUGGCCUUCGAGGACAUCUACAUCGAGCAGAGGAAGGUGGUCAAGGUGUUGCUGGAGUACUCGGACAAGAUCUUCACCUACGUCUUCAUCCUGGAGAUGAUGCUCAAGUGGUUGGCGUACGGCUUCAAGAAGUAUUUCACCAACUACUGGUGCUGGCUGGACUUCCUCAUCGUUGACGUGUCGCUGGUCAGCUUGGUGGCCAACGCGCUGGGUUAUUCUGAUUUUGCCGCCAUCAAAUCGCUGCGGACGCUGCGCGCUCUUCGCCCCCUGAGAGCGCUCUCCAGGUUCGAAGGCAUGCGGGUGGUGGUCAACGCGCUGAUCGGCGCCAUCCCGUCCAUCAUGAACGUGCUGCUGGUCUGCCUCAUCUUCUGGCUCAUCUUCAGCAUCAUGGGCGUCAACCUGUUCGCCGGGAAGUUCGGACGCUGCGUCAACAGGACGGGACACGUCUUCAACUACAAUCUCAUCAACAACAAGUCCCAGUGCGACGCGCUCAACGACACCUACUACUGGACCAAGGUCAAGGUCAACUUCGACAACGUGGGCGCCGGCUACCUGGCGCUCCUCCAAGUGGCCACCUUCAAAGGCUGGAUGGACAUCAUGUACGCCGCCGUGGACUCGCGAGCCGUGGAGGAGCAACCCAAACAGGAGGAAAACCUGUACAUGUACAUCUACUUCGUCGUCUUCAUCAUCUUCGGCUCCUUCUUCACGCUCAACCUCUUCAUCGGCGUCAUCAUCGACAACUUCAACCAGCAGAAGAGAAAGUUAGGAGGACAGGACAUCUUCAUGACGGAGGAGCAGAAGAAGUAUUACAACGCCAUGAAGAAGCUGGGCUCCAAGAAACCCCAGAAGCCCAUUCCCAGACCCCUGAACAGCGUGCAGGGCUUCUUCUUCGACCUGGUGGGCAAGCAGGCCUUCGACAUCAUCAUCAUGGUGCUGAUCCUCUUAAACAUGAUCACCAUGAUGGUGGAGACGGACGAGCAGUCGAAGCAGCACGAGCGCAUCCUGGACAAAAUCAACCUGGCCUUCAUCGUGGUCUUCACCGCCGAGUGCAUGGUGAAGAUCGUGGCGCUCAGGUGCUACUUCUUCACCGUGGGCUGGAACAUCUUCGACUUCGUGGUCGUCAUCCUCUCCAUCGUCGGCAUCGUGCUGGCCGACAUCAUCAGAGAGUACUUUGUGUCGCCGACCCUCUUCCGGGUGAUCCGGCUGGCCCGCAUCGGGCGCAUCCUGCGUCUCAUCCGAGGCGCCAAGGGCAUCCGGACGCUGCUGUUCGCCCUGAUGAUGUCGCUGCCCGCCCUCUUCAACAUCGGGCUGCUCCUCUUCCUGGUCAUGUUCAUCUACGCCAUCUUCGGCAUGGCCAACUUCGCCUACGUCAAGCGUCAGGCGGGCAUCGACGACAUGUUCAACUUCGAGACCUUCGGGAACAGCAUGAUCUGCCUGUUCCAGAUCACCACGUCGGCCGGCUGGGACGGUCUGCUCAGUCCCAUCCUCAACAACUCGCCCGAGGAGUGCAACAACGACAUCCCGCACACGGGCACCGCCCAGCGCGGGAACUGCGGCAACCCGUCGGUGGGCAUCACCUUCUUCGUCACCUACAUCAUCAUCUCCUUCCUCAUCGUGGUCAACAUGUACAUCGCCAUCAUCCUGGAGAACUUCAGCGUGGCCACGGAGGAGAGCACCGAGCCGCUGAGCGAGGACGACUUCGAGAUGUUCUACGAGGUGUGGGAGAAGUUCGACUGCGAGGCCACGCAGUUCAUCGAGUACUCCAAGCUGUCCGACUUCGCCGACUCGCUGUCGGAGCCGCUGCGCAUCGGGAAGCCCAACAAGAUCAAGCUGAUCUCCAUGGAUCUCCCCAUGGUGAGCGGGGACAAGAUCCACUGCCUGGACAUCCUCUUCGCCUUCACCAAGCGCGUGCUGGGCGAGUCGGGCGAGAUGGACGCUCUCAAGCAGCAGAUGGAGGAGAAGUUCAUGAUGGCCAACCCGUCCAAGAUCUCCUACGAGCCCAUCACCACCACGCUCAGGCGCAAGCAGGAGGACGUCUCGGCCGCCGUCAUCCAGCGCUGCUACCGCCGCCAUCUGGUCCGGCGGCAGAUGAAGGCCGCCUCCUUCUUGUACCGCCAGAUCACCACUCCUCGCCACGCCCGGGCCGACGGCGGCGACGACGACGCCGACGAGGAGGACGCGGCGCCGGAGAAAGAAGGGCUGAUCGCCGCCAUGAUCAGAGAGAACUACGGCACCGGUCUGACGGGGACGGAGCGCUCCGAGACCGUUUCCUCCACCUCCUCGCCGCCCUCGUACAAUAGCGUGACGCGAGCCUCGCCGGACUUCAUCGGCUCGACGGAACAGGGCGGCGGCGAGCCGAGCGAACACUCGCGGACGGCGGCCGACAUACCGGAAGCGAGGCCGUAGCAACAAAAAAAAAAACGUCCGCAGCGACGACUUCCUGCUUUUGUUUACCGAAUGUACGCCGAGGAGGAGCAAGUAAACAUUCACUACCUGGAACGUUCCUUCCUGCCCCCUGCUGGCAGCACCCGGAACUGCAGCAGUUUCUUUCAGGGCAACAUCUAUCAACUGCAUCCCCCCCCCCCCCCCCCGCGUGGAUGUAAACAACGACCCCCAAACAAUAUAUCGCUCAUGUAUCACUCGCACACGGCAAAAAGUCAGUGUUCAAAAACAAGAAAAAAAAUACAAAAAUUAGGGGUGUUAUUUUCGGAGCCCCUAAAGCAGGGGUCCCCAAACUACGGCCCGGGAAGUCCCAAGUUAAUUUUUUAUUUUUUAUUUUUUUAUUUUUAUUUAUUUAUUUUUUAAUCUUUCCUUUCUAAUCCAUUUUCUACCACUUGUUACUCUCGGUGUCUCCUAGCCGCUCAGGCAAAUCAUAUUGGCUAAAAAUGAAUUUUCCCAUCGAUAACAUGACAAUGUUAAAUGUCAA